UCUCAGAACACAAGUCUUAUGAACACCAAGAAGAAGCUUGAGACUGACCUUGUCCAGAUCCAGAGUGAAGUGGAUGACACUGUUCAGGAAGCAAGGAAUGCCGAGGAGAAGGCCAAGAAGGCCAUCACUGAUGCUGCUAUGAUGGCUGAGGAGCUGAAGAAGGAGCAGGACACUAGUUCUCACCUGGAGAGGAUGAAGAAGAACCUGGAGGUUGCUGUUAAGGACCUGCAGCACCGCCUGGAUGAGGCUGAGAAUCUGGCCAUGAAGGGUGGCAAGAAGCAGCUCCAGAAACUUGAGUCGAGAGUGCGUGAGCUGGAGGCAGAGGUUGAGGCUGAGCAGAGACGUGGAGCAGAUGCUGUUAAGGGUGUCCGCAAAUAUGAGAGGAGAGUAAAGGAGCUCACCUAUCAGACUGAGGAAGACAAGAAAAACGUUACCAGGCUGCAGGACUUGGCUGACAAGUUGCAGCUCAAGGUGAAGGCCUACAAGAGGCAGGCUGAGGAAGCGGAGGAGCAGGCCAACGUUCAUCUGUCCAAGUGCAGGAAGGUCCAGCAUGAGCUGGAGGAGGCUGAGGAGCGUGCUGACAUUGCAGAGUCCCAGGUCAACAAACUGAGAGCAAAGAGCCGCGACUCUGGCAAGGGAAAAGACGCAGCUGAGUAAAGCACUCUGGCAAAUGGGCUGUUUCCAAUCAUAUAAUAUGAUGUAAAAUAAACCACAAUAAAACAGUGUUUUAUCACAAA